AAGAAGCCCAAGAAGAAGCGGCGACGGGACCGGAACCGGCCGUGGCACGAGAUCGCACGUCUGCAGUCAGAGUCGGAAGCGCUGGAGCGCCAAUUAGACCAGCACUUGACCAAUUCCAGUAACCGGGCGCGUGUGGCUCUGCGUAGCCGCAACGAGAACGCAACACUUAGGAAAAUGUUGCAAGAAAGUGUCGAAGACAUUCAAGAGCUGGAACAGAAUCUGUUGCAACAGAUGAAGGAGCUGGUGCAGUCGCUGCCGAGGUCAUUGGUUUUGACACGAAACCUUCAGUAUGAUGGAGCUCGCGACGACAUAAUGUUCAGGUUGAUGGCCAACAGUGUGGAUGCGCAGUACAAGGAUAUGGACCGAGUCAUGAGCCGAGAUGGACUGGUUGGUCUCAACACGGAGGUGGUGGAAAGCUCGAUCGUUGGUAACUAUGCGUGCGUGAUGCGCGUAGUGAUUAAGGAGUUUGUGGAGAGCGAUCGUGUCGUGCAGGUUUGGAAUACGGUGGCGGACUGGCCGCGCGUGGGGAAGCUGCACAACGUGAGGACCCAGGAGUACGGAUGGGGCUACAUCCAGCCACUGCGCAAUGGCACUAGCGUCACCGCUGGCCGAAUCCUGGUGAGCCCUACGAUUAACGGCUUAACUCUCAGCGAGAGCUGCGAAGCGACGAGAUCUCUGACAAGGGCCUACCAGGAUAUGAUCAUGGCACGGCUUCAAGCUCUGGAAAAUCAGACGAUGGACCAACUUGUUCGAGAACAACGGCACGGAUAUUGCUAA